AUGUUUAAGGCCGGAUUUGGGAUCCGUGGGUUCUCCACCAUGACGCCGUUAAUGAACUCGGCGGUUAUGUUAACACCAAAAUUAGCUGCCAGGCAAUUUCCAGCAUCCAAUUCCACUAGAUCAAGACUCAGAGCCCUUAAGAGAAAGGAAAAGAAAUUAAAGAAACAAAUCAUUAAGGAUGUCAAUACUCUCAAACAACAUCAAGAAACAAACUUAAGUUUGAGUGUUGACCCUGUUUUGGGUAAUGAAAAAUGUGUUUUCAUUCAAGGAAUGAGACAAUACUUGAAGGACACCACCAAUUUGGCCCAAGGUUUCACCAGAGAAGAAGUUGAAAAGUUACUCUAUGGAGCUGAAAAGGCCUCAUUAGAGAAGAUCGGUACCAAUAAUGCAUUAUAUGAGAGCACUCGUGCAUUGGAAGAAAAAAAGAAGAGAGCCGUGUUAACUAUCUUACACAGUAGAAACACCAAUAAGGCCGAUAAAAAGACAUUGGCUAUUAAAUAUGCUAAAGAGAAUUUCCAAAGAUUUGAUGGAGAUACUGGAUCAUCUGAAGUCCAAGCAGCUAUUAUGACUGCCAAGAUUCAUUUGGGGAUGGACCAUUUAAAGCAAGCAUUCAAAGAUAAGAGUCAUUUGGCAAGAUUAAAUCAAUUGGUACAACAAAGACAACUGACCUUGAAAUACUUGAAGAAAGAUGACCCAGAAAGAUACUAUCAUGUGAUCUCCAGACUUGGAUUAACCGAUGAUGUGAUUAUGCAUGAAUUCAGUAUUAGUUACCAAUACUUGCAAGACUAUAAGGUGUUUGGUGAUAAGGAAUUGGUCAAGUUAUCGGAGAAGCAAAGAAAGAAGAAGGAAGCUUUGGUUGCCUUAUCGAAGAGGGUUGCCGAAUAUAACGUUUUGGCCAAACAAAAUUAUGAAAAGAUUGCACAGUUAUCAGAUGAAAACCAGUAA